AUGCGCUUGUCUCUCCUUCUGGCCUAUGGUGCCACUUUCCUCACUGUGGGCAUUUCGCCUACGGCUGCUAUGCCGGCAGGAAAUUCCCACAGCCUGAAGACUCUCUCACAGUCCAUUGAAGGGAACCUUGAAAAUAGCACGCUUGGAGAUUCCCUCUCUUCCCUCCACAAACGCGCUGACACCUUCUUUCUCCGUAUUAUGCCCCUCGGUGCCUCUAUCACUCAAGGUAUGGGAUCUUCAGAUGAAACUGGGUACCGUAAAUACCUUCGCCAGCAACUUCGCUUUGACGGCUGGAAAGUGAACAUGGUUGGCAGCCAGCGAAAGGGAGACAUGAAUGAUAAUGACCAUGAAGGUUGGCCUGGCUACCUUAUCGACCAAGUCCACAAUAGAGCUAUGGCAUCCGUUCCUAGCCUCCGCCCUAAUGUCUUUACCAUUAAUGUCGGUACAAACGAUGCUAUUUAUAGCAAUAAUGUCGCCACAGCUGGCGACCGGAUGAUGAACCUACUAAACUACUUGCGAUCUCAAGUGCCAGACGCUACCUUUAUUGUCUCUACACUCUUACCACUUAAGUCCCAGCCAAGUAAUGCAGUUCAAAUCAACACCCAAUACCGCUCUCUAGUCAGCCGCCUCCGCACGCAAGGUUGGAGAAUUGUGCUUGCUGAGAUGGAUAAUGGCUGGAUUACGGUUGACCAACUUCCUGAUGGAACACACCCGAGUGAUGACGGAUUCAAGAAGAUGGCCCGCCAGUUUUACGAUGGUAUCAAUAAGGCCUAUCAAGCUGGCUUCCUUGCCCCUCCAUCCUAUGCUGGAUUUGAUGAUUCAGUUUCUGUUGCCACUGCUACAUGUGACAAGAAGCUUGGGAGUGCCUUCGGGGAUAAACGGUCUGGCAUGGAGAUCCUGAAGGCCCUUUCGUCUGUCAUUGUCGAUGAUGGAAAAUAUAUUCACAAAUCGGAGAGUGGUGGUAUAAUCCUUCAAGGCACUUUCAAAGGGGAUUUCUCAAUGGACUUCGCUCAGCUCGUCAACUUUGGCAACGGCCGUGGUGGCGAAAAUGAAGAGUUUGUGUACAAAGAUUCAACUGGCAUGUGGAUGCAGGUCAACAAGGGCAACGGCGUGUUUGAACCGAAAGUCAAGAUCGAUCCCAAGCACAACUGCCCUACUGCUGGAAUCCGUUGGGGUGACGUCAACAAUGAUGGUCUCGACGAUUUUAUUUGCAUUACAACCUGGGCGUCGAUCGAAGUAUCUAUCAAUAGGGGGGGGAACCCACCUACAUUCGAGAACCUCGGCGAGUAUAGGAAGGGUGUGAAUGGAAAAGGUCGAGAACAUGUUCGUCUUGGUGACAUCGAUGGCGAUGGACGCCUAGAUUAUUGCAUCAUGGAUGGAAACAAUGCUCUUACGUGCUACCGGAAUGGAGGUAUUGGAGACCGGCCUUCGUACUGGCAGGACUUUGGAGUUAUCCAUGCCGGCGAAGGGCGUCAGAACGCUGGCAUUAUGCUGGUCGAUGUUAAUGGCGACUUCCGCUCGGAUUGGCUAUAUAUGGACGAAAACGGUGCUGUCACAACACAUAUCAACCAAAGGCCUGCAGGGAAGACUUUGAAACCACACUGGUUGGAUUCAGGCGUUACACACCUAGGUGUUAGGAUGCCAGAUCGAGUUGGGAUCCGCUUCGGUAAGGUGUACGGUUCCGGGAGGCGCGAUUAUCUCCACAUAAGACGUGCGUUCGAUGGAGAUACAGCCAAGUACGAAGUCCACGCGUGGAAGAACCUUGGUAGCGGCGGCACGUACCAAAAGGGAGACGGAAUCUUCUUCUGCGAUAUGGAUGGCAGCGGCAACGAUGACUACAUUUUUGUCGACAGUAAAGGCGUUUUGACCAUCUUCCGGAAUCCAAACCCACCAGGCAUAGUCACUUACGGAUGGGACGAGCACCGAAAUGUGCUCAAUACGAACGCGAAUCGUAAAGCAGUUCAGUUCGGUGACUGGGACGGUGACGGCAAAUGCGACGUCAUCGUCACAGACCGAAAAAACGGCGGCGCCGAUGUCUACUUCACUCGUUGGGAUUCCGCAGCGAAGAAGUUCUCCUUCAGCGCCAAGACCCGUGUCGCGAGCUCUGGCCAGUCAAUCGGCCCUAACUGCGCAGAGGGUUGGGGUGUUGGGUUCCGCGAUCUUGGUGUUCGCUAUGCUGACAUUGAUGGUGAUGGCCGGGUUGAUUACAUCUGUAUGGAGAAAGACGGCCGGUCCACUGGCUGGCUCAACAAGAAAGGAACUGCCGGUGUCUAUAUGGGGCAGAUUAAAUUCAGCGAGAAGAAAGAUCGAGCUAAUCAUUUGUUUGCUGAUGUCAACGGUGAUGGCCGCGCCGACUUCCUCUGGACUGAUAAGUUCACAGGUGAUACGCAUGUUUGGAUUAACGGUGGCCAGAUGCAGACAGGAGGAAGCAGUUUCUACUGGGCGCCCAAGGGUAAGUUGUACAACGGCGCAACGGGCGGCCGGGACACCAUCUUUGCCAAUAUUGGCGGCGUUGGCCGCGCCGACAUGAUUGCUGUGAAUCCGAUUUCGGGUCGUGCCACUGUUCAUAUGAAUAGCUGCCCCGGUGGAGGUGGCGGUGACGACGGUCCCAUCAUUGACCCCAACCUCGGCCAAAGCCAGCCUGAGGCUUGCGAUUUGGAGAAAAGAACAGGCACGUGGGUCAACCGGCAGUGUACUCAGCGUGAAGUUACGAUGCCAACGAGUUACUUGCCGAAAGAACGUUGGGACGCCCUGGAGGCGGGCGCGGCGUGGAACGAUAUGAUGCACAGAUGGAAAACUUGUGACCGGCCUUCUGGAAACUCGACAUUUUCGGAGUCCGCAAGUCAGUUUUUCCACCAGACAGAGGAUGCGCAGUGUAGCCUUGUCGGGCGCCUGGGGAACAACUGCAUUGCCAGUAAAUGUGAAGUGCACAACACGGAGUUUGAUGCCCCAGAAUCAAAAACGGGCGCUGCAUCCUAUUUUGUUUGGAACGCCCUCGUCAGAGUUAACCAGAUUAUCGGCACUGUUUACGACACGUUCGAGACAGUUGGUAACCAAGUUCAGGCUACGAGUAAUGAGUUUAUCGAGGCAUUCUCGCCGAAGAAGUCGGAUCUUUCUUCACUACAACUCCUUCUGGACUUACUUUUCAUACCCGCCACAGUUGCAGGGACAGUCGCCUAUAAAGGUGUUUUUGCAAGUUUAAUCGACGAUAAACUAUUUGUUGAUGUUGCAAAGGACAUGUCCCAGGCGACUGCCACGGCUGCAUUUAGCUAUGCUAGAAGACAGCUUUCGCAGGCAACUUUGAAUGAAAUUAACUUCAACUCUAUUGUCGAUAAAACUAUUACAUUGUGGAAACAACAGUCCGAAACGCUGCUAUUCGAUAUCUUUCUAGGCCAAGACAACAAACUCCUCGACCUUCUCGAAACCCUCACCAAGGACGGCAGAUUAACAUCAGGUAGUCAUAAUGGUAACGCCAUUGCAGAUAUCAGCGCCUUCAACAACACUGUGACACAGGGCAGGGGAAGACGAGCGUUCUACGCCAUUGCAAUUCCGACCGUCUGGAUGGAAACAGAUACCCAGCAGGAUCAUACCUACUUGACGGAGAAGAUUGGGGCGGCGUCACAAGGGAGGACAUUAUAG